UUAGUGAAACGCGGGAAUUGGCGGGUUCAGACUUUUGUGUAGAGGAGCAUAGCCUAGGAAGAGUGAAUACAUUAGCCAUCUGUCUAGUUUUCGUUUGUUGUGGCGUAACGUUAGUCCUCAUGUGUUCCCGCUCCGGCUCGCUUCUGGCGGGACAUUGUGCUGGUAGUAUAGAACAAACACGGGAGACUCUGGCAUAAUUUAGUUUCAACUGCUGUUGCAGUUAGCUUUAGCCUGGCAAGUUUUGCGUUGCUGAUCAAACAGCGGGCGGAAGGGUGCUGGCCCGGAAAAUAGCAGUCUAAUUUAAGUGUGACAUGGAAUCGUUUCAGAAAGUCGAAAAAAUUGGAGAGGGCACGUACGGUGUGGUGUACAAGGCAAAAAACAAAAUCACAGGAGAGACUGUUGCCCUCAAGAAAAUCAGACUAGACACAGAAACUGAGGGAGUUCCCAGCACAGCCAUCCGUGAGAUAUCCCUCCUAAAAGAACUGAACCACACAAACAUUGUCAAGCUGCGAGAUGUCAUUCACACAGAAAAUAAACUCUACCUGGUUUUUGAGUUCCUUCACCAGGACCUCAAGAAGUUCAUGGAUUCAUCCUCAGUUACGGGAAUAUCUCUCCCUCUUGUCAAGAGCUACUUGUUCCAGCUUCUUCAGGGUCUGGCAUUCUGCCACUCCCAUCGCGUGCUCCACAGAGACCUGAAACCUCAAAACCUGCUCAUCAACGCCCAGGGAGAGAUCAAACUGGCUGACUUCGGGCUGGCGAGGGCUUUUGGUGUGCCUGUCCGUACCUACACACAUGAGGUGGUGACCCUGUGGUACAGAGCCCCAGAGAUUCUCCUUGGCUGCAAAUACUAUUCUACAGCGGUGGACAUCUGGAGUUUGGGCUGUAUUUUUGCUGAAAUGAUUACCCGGAGAGCGCUGUUUCCAGGAGACUCUGAGAUUGAUCAGCUGUUCCGGAUCUUCCGCACACUAGGCACCCCUGAUGAGAAUGUGUGGCCAGGGGUGACCUCUAUGCCUGACUAUAAGCCGUCCUUCCCAAAGUGGGCCAGGCAGGACCUCUCUAAAGUGGUCCCCCCCUUGGAUGAAGAUGGGAGGGACCUGUUGGGGCAAAUGUUAAUCUAUGAUCCAAACAAAAGAGUUUCAGCCAAAAACGCACUCCUUCAUCGGUUCUUCCGUGAUGUCUCCAAACCCAUCCCUCCCUUAAGGAUGUGAAGAAGAGAAGGACCGAAAAGGAGACGUGGACCGACCAAAACGCACAGGAAUCCUUGGUGUUCCUCUGGGAGACCCUGUUGUUACUGCAUCACUUUAUGCACAGUGUGGGGUCAUCUCUGCUUUUUAAGGGUUGAACAGGACCGUAUGGGUGCCUUUCCCUUCUGUUCAGUGCAGGUGCCUUAAAAUAAGAUUGUUAUUUCAUCCUUUUCACACCGUGAUGCCAGCGUUACUUCUCCAACAUUCCAUCUGAUGUUAGGAAGGGGACACAUUGUGAACAUGCGUUUAUUGUUUUCUGGAAGGGGGUACAUGGAUGUUAUGAAAAUUGCAUUCCAUAAAUGUGUGGCCUGUUUUAGACAACACUAUUUGUGGAUUUGUAUCAUCUUGAUUAGUGUUCGAGUGUCCUUUAUUUAUUUAUUUUAGAAGGGGUCUUGAAAAAUGGGAAGUCUUUUGUUUCUCAUUCUAGUUCACAAGAUUUUCUAAUUGUAGAUUUUAAUGUCAAUUUGACCAUUUUUACCCAUUUGAUAAUUAUUCAUAAAAUUGAUACUGAGG